AAUAAAGAGAAAGGUCAGAUUUCCUCUGGCCAGUUUCCGACAACCUGUUUCGUGACCUCAUCCAGUAGAAGGCUAUUUUAUUUUUACAACUGCUCAAGUAUUGACAUACAAGAUGAAGCAAGAUGCCACAAGAAAUGCUGCCUACACUGUGGAUUGUGAAGAUUAUGUGCAUGUGGUAGAAUUUAAUCCCUUUGACAGUGGGGAUCCAGGAAACCUAAUGGCAUAUGGUGGCGGUAAUUAUGUGGUGGUUGGCAUAUGUACAUUUCAGGAGGAAGAAGCAGACGUUGAAGGAAUUCAAUAUAAAACACUACGAACAUUUCAGCAUGGAGUCAGGGUCGAUGGCAUAGCGUGGAGCCCAGAAACUAGACUUGAUUCAUUGCCUCCAGUAAUCAAAUUUUGUACUUCAGCUGCUGAUAUGAAAAUAAGAUUAUUUACUUCAGAUCUUCAAGAUAAAAAUGAGUAUAAGGUUUUAGAGGGCCAUUCAGAUUUCAUUAAUGGUUUGGUGUUUGAUCCCAAAGAAGGUCAAGAAAUUGCAAGUGUGAGUGAUGAUCAUACCUGCAGGAUUUGGAACUUGGAAGGAAUGCAGACAGCUCAUUUUGUUCUUCAUUCCCCUGGAAUGAGUGUGUGCUGGCAUCCUGAGGAAAGUUUUAAGCUGAUGGUUGCAGAGAAGAAUGGAACAAUCCGGUUUUAUGAUCUUUUGACUCAACAGGCUAUUUUAUCUCUUGAAUCAGAACAGAUGCCAUUAAUGUCAGCCCAUUGGUGCUUAAAAAAUACCUUCAAAGUUGGAGCUGUUGCAGGAAAUGAUUGGUUAAUUUGGGAUAUUACUCGAUCCAGUUAUCCUCAAGAUAAGAGACCUGUCCACAUGGAUCAAGCCUGUUAAUUCAGGUGGUCCACAAUUAAUGAGAACUUGUUUGCAACCACUGGUUAUCCUGGCAAAAUUGCAAGCCAGUUUCAAAUUCAUCAUUUAGGACACCCUCAGCCUGUCCUCAUUGGUUCUGUAGCCGUCGGAUCUGGCCUUUCCUGGCAAAGAACACUCCCACUGUGUGCAAUUGGAGGAGACCACAAGCUGUUGUUUUGGGUGACUGAAAUGUAAAACAAAUUUUCUGUGUCCCUUAGAUCCAUAAACUUUGUAUUUUUAAUACAUAUUUUGGAGAAUUUCUUAUUUUUGUAUCAAAUACACUGUAAACUCUAGAAGUGUCCCAAUUGUUGUUUCUGUUAAAUAAAAUAUUAAUGGUUUGAAAAGUAAAAAAAUAAAAAU